UCCAAGUUCAAAACACAUUGCCACCGGAUGGUUCGGCCUCAGUUUUCAAUCGAAACUCGACCAGUAAACAUCCUACCCACUUUUUUGAAGGAGAGCUCGCGCGCACGCGAACGAUCAAGCAAGCAAGUUCAGCAAACCUUGAGUGAACUUAUUUAGUCCGUUAGUGUCCGUUUGAUCUGAGAGUGGUUUUGUGGCCCCAAAAAAGGAAACCGGCCAUCUGUGUGAAACCAGCUGAUUAGACCGGAUACUCCGAGGAGCUUGGUGGAGUUGAAAGUUUAGUGCCUUGAAAAGUGCGUUUAGAGAUUACGUGUGGAAUCAGUAAAAUUUCGCGAAAAUUUUCGGGUGUAAUUCGAAGAAUAAAUAAAGCAAGAAAGAUAGACUUCGUUGAGGAAGAUUCCUCAACACAAAACAGUGACGAUCCAGAAGAUCAGCGCACAAAGAAAUCCUGAAACGUUUUAAGAGCUGCUUAGCAUCACAAAAAGACGCGUCACAGAAGAUUAUAGUCGUCGCGGUUAUUCAGUGUGUGUGAUUUGUUGGUUUGCAAAUUUUUGUGAAAAAAAAGUUGAAACUAUACAACCGUCCGACAAUCAGUGCAAAACGUGACAAUCAAUUGAAGUGAGAGAACAUCGCAUCUCGUCACCAGUCACCAGAAAUAGUGGAGGCAGGCACCCUCUAUAGUCGUGAUUGUGCGCCAAUUGAAAUGGACCAGAUUUAAAUUCUCGGCUCAGAAGGAAGUGUCCGAGACGUUACAAAUUCUUUAACGACCAAUUGGCUAGGUGGGAAGAAGUGAUCUCGCAAAGUUGACGCGACUGAUAAUUUAAUUUCGCGAACGAAAAAAAACCAACGAUUUUUCGCAAUUCGCGCGUAAAUUGGUUCGGGGGCAGGUCAGAAAGAUCAAAUUCGUUUUACCCCGUUCUACGAAAGUAGAGAGAGAGUGUGUGAAAAGUGUGUUAUAAUAUAACACCGUUCGUGUCGUGUCAGUUGAAUCAGGUUCUUCCAAGAAGUCAUGGCGGCGAGCGUUUUGAUUAAGGUGACAUUUGCAUGCAUCGUGCUGCUCAAGUGCAUUGACGGGGCGAAAAUUCUUGCAGUGUUUCCGGUUCCAUUCAAAGAACACCAGCUCGUGUAUAGACCUUUGAUAGAGCAGCUUGCAAAUAAGGGUCACGACAUCACGCUGCUAACGACGGAUCCUAUCGAUCUGCGUGUGGCCGGAAAUGGAACUUUGGUGGAACGGAUCCAUCAAAUAGAUCUUAGUUUUGUGUAUAAUCUUCCGGUCCUCGACGACCUCGGUAUAACGACACUUGACGAAAAGGAUAUGCUACGAAAUGUGUUCAAUGUUAUGCGAAGAAUAUCGGAUGCCGAACUUCAGCACCCACUGGUUCAGGAGCUGAUUUGGGGUGGGGCCAAAUUCGAUCUCGUCAUGGUGGAAUGGUCCGGACCAACUCUGAUGAACGCCUUUGCCGAGCAUUUCCACGCUCCACUGGUGGGAAUUUCCAAUACCGGUGCCUUUAUUAACGCCCACGAAGCUCUCGGCAACCCAAACCAUCCUAUUGGUUACCCUAGUGUUUUCAUGCCAUUCACCGAGGAUCUCAGCCUGCCGCAGAGGAUUUCCAGCGUAAUCUUCACCGUUUGGUAUCGCUUCUACUACUACACGGAAGAGAUUCCGCUGCAGAAUUUGAUUGCGAGUAAACAUUUCGGUCCCUCCAUUCCGGAUUUGUUCGACAUCGAACGGGGAGCAGAUCUGCUGCUUAUCAACGCGUACCAAGCUUUGGGAAAUGUUCGACCAGUUGGACCAACUACCGUUUAUUUGGGAGGAAUCCACCGGAAGCGUAGUUUGCCGUCUUCCAAAUCGGAACUAUCCGUCGAGCUGGAACACUUCCUGAAACAUUCGGAUGAACCGAUUGUGUAUGUGAAUUUGGAUCUGGAUCCGGUAGUCGAUCACUACAGGGUGGAUAAGAUCAUCAAAGCACUGGAACGGCUCCAAACCACGGUCGUUUGGAACUGGAACCAGGGACAGCUAGUUAAUACCAGCGCCAGAAUCUUCCAAGCCUACAAUCUGCCACAGGAGGAAAUACUCGCCCACCCGAAGGUGAAGCUCUUCAUCACCGGAGGCGGUCAGCGGAACAUCGAAGACGCAAUCCACCAUCGGGUUCCGGUACUGGGCAUUAGCUAUUCGAGCUCACUCGAACACUAUCUGCGGCAGAUCGCCAAAAACGAAGCCGGCAUCAUAUCGCUGAUCGACUUCGAAACGCAGGCCACCAUCAUCGAGAAGCUGCAGGAUGUGUUCGAGAUGGAAAGAUACCAAUCCAACAUGCAGCGACUGGCUCAACUUUUGGCCGAUCAACCGAUGAGUUCCCUGGACCGGGCAACCUGGUGGAUCGAGUACGUGAUCCGGAAUCAGGGAACUUCGCACCUGCGAACGCCGACAAUCUCGUGGUUCCAGUACCUGAUGCUGGAUGUGACACUGACGAUCGCGGCCCUCAUCACCCUGGCAACCCUAGCCGUUUGUUACGUUAUCUGUCGGGCGGUGCGUUAUUCGCGUAGUCUUCCGUUCGAAAUGGUAACACGUGGUAGCCGCAAGUGCAAACGGUCGUAAGCGAGCUGUUGCCUACCGAUAGGCGUUUUAGAAAUAAGCGCUACUUUUCGUAGCGUUUCAGUUUUAGGUGACGAAUGAAAGUGUCCGUAGAAUGGGGCUGAGCCCAACCGGGAAUGAUUGGUUGACUGAGUGGAAAGCCGUUAUUUGAAUAUUAAACUUGUCACUUUAUUUGUAAGUCGAAUAGUUACUAAACAACCUACUGUUAAAAAACCUUCAUGUGAUACUAGUUUUAAGAAAG